GGCAGAGCCCGCAGCCGUGCUCGGGAGGAGGGACCUGUGUGUACGUCCUGCUGCAGCGCACUCCUGGGGUCCCUUGCGUCGGUCCCUGUGGCUGGAAGGACAGUACUCGCCACGCAGGUGGCACCCGGGAGUGCCCGGCACCCACUUCCUGCCGAGCAGAUGCUUUGGGUAACCUCGGCCCCUGCCAGGCCGGGGCAGCUCAGGCCGGGUCCUAAUCCCUCCACUUGAGCUCGGCUCCUCACCCUCCGGCCAGGCUGACACCUGCUCCCCGCAGGCUCCUUCUCGCCGGCUUCAGGCAGCUCGGGACCCGGGGGCCGAAGAUGCUGAUCAGCUACCCGGCCUGCCUCUUCUCGGGGAUCUGCGUGGCCCUGCUGGCAGUGGCUUUGGCCUAUUACUUCUACUGGACGGCCGUCCUGAGCGAGGGGCCGUGCACCCGCUCCUGAGCAGCGCCAUGGGCCUGCUGGCCUUCCUGAAGACCCAGUUCGUGCUGCACCUGCUGGUCGGCUUCGUCUUCGUGGUGAGCGGUCUGGUCAUCAACUUUGUCCAGCUGUGCACGCUGGCACUCUGGCCGGUCAGCAAGCAGCUCUACCGUCGCCUCAACUGCCGCCUCGCCUACUCACUCUGGAGCCAGCUGGUCAUGCUGCUGGAGUGGUGGUCCUGCACGGAGUGCACGCUGUUCACGGACCAGGCCACGGUGGAGCGCUUCGGGAAGGAGCACGCAGUCAUUAUCCUCAACCACAACUUCGAGAUCGACUUCCUCUGUGGGUGGACCAUGUGUGAGCGCUAUGGCGUGCUGGGGAGCUCCAAGGUCCUCGCUAAGAAGGAGCUGCUGUACGUGCCCCUCAUCGGCUGGACGUGGUACUUUCUGGAGAUUGUGUUCUGCAAGCGGAAGUGGGAGGAGGACCGGGACACCGUCGUCGAGGGGCUGAGGCGUCUGUCCGACUACCCUGAGUACAUGUGGUUUCUCCUGUACUGUGAGGGGACGCGCUUCACGGAGACCAAGCACCGCGUCAGCAUGGAGGUGGCAGCCGCCAAGGGGCUGCCUGUCCUCAAGUACCACCUGCUGCCUCGGACGAAGGGCUUCACCACCGCGGUCAAGUGCCUCCGGGGGACAGUCGCCGCUGUCUAUGACGUAACCCUGAACUUCAGGGGAAACAAGAACCCAUCCCUGCUGGGGAUCCUCUACGGGAAGAAGUACGAGGCGGACAUGUGUGUGAGGAGAUUUCCUCUGGAAGAGAUCCCGCUGGACGAAAAGGAGGCGGCUCAGUGGCUUCAUAAACUGUACCAGGAGAAGGACGCACUCCAGGAGAUGUAUAAUCAGAAGGGUGUGUUUCCAGGGGAGCAGUUUAAGCCUGCCCGGAGGCCCUGGACCCUCCUCAACUUCCUCUCCUGGGCCACCAUUCUCCUGUCUCCCCUCUUCAGUUUUGUCUUGGGCGUCUUUGCCAGCGGAUCACCCCUCCUGAUCCUGACGUUCUUGGGGUUUGUGGGAGCAGCUUCCUUUGGAGUUCGCAGACUGAUAGGAGUGACUGAGAUAGAGAAAGGCUCCAGCUACGGAAACCAAGAGUUUAAGAAAAAGGAAUAAUUAAUGGCUGUGAUUGAACACACAUGAUCUGAUGGCGGUAUCCAGUUAACUCGAUUAAAAACAGCAGCACGCCGAGUGGAGGGAAAAAGACAAUUAGAAACUAUUUUUCUUAUUAACUGGUGACUAAUAUUAACAAAACUUGAGCCAAUAGUAAAGAAUCCAGAAGGCCUGCCAGAGGAAGAGUUCAGCUUCCCGCAGCUCGGGGUCCCAGCCUCUCCGAGCGUGUCGUGGGAGGUGGUUCCCAGGCGGAGGGGCCUUCCGUGGACGCCGUCUCUCCAGAACUCCGCUUCUGAGAGGGAGACUUUGGCUGCUUUCUCUCCUUAAACUUAGAUCAAAUUUUUUGUUUUUUAAUCAGUUAUUUUGGGAACUUAACCUGGCCCUUCACCUCUUCUGCACCACCCCAGAAGCUGUCUCAUAAUGAAUUUCUGCUGUCCUUUUGGGAGUGGACGGCCGGGUCCUGUCCCCCGGGGACUCGUGUGGCUGCCCCGCUUGGCUCAGCACCUUGGCUCCCAGUGGGGGCCCCUUGGGAGAGUGCCCAUAGUGAUAAGCACAUCGGCAUGAACAUCAGGUGGAUUUCUCGAAGCCGGAGCCCUCACCGUGCCCUGUCGGGGGCUGGCUGAGGCGAACGCCCCACUUUCCUUUCUAGAGUGCUGUCUGCCCUCGCUCCUGUUUGACCCUGUGUGUAAAUACCUACAUCUGUUUUUAAAGUGGACGGACCCCCGAGAACUCAGUGAAAUGCAGAGUUCUCCCAAACCAGAAGCUCCUCCGUCCCUCCCAUGGCUGUCAAACCCUGGUCCCUCCACACUGGGUGCUGGGGAGGGAGGACCCUCGGGGCUACCGUGCGGCCCCCACCCCACAGAUCAGGAGCCAAGGAGGGAGGGCCGAGCAGCCUGUGGAACUCUGGAUGCUUGGGAAGCAGUGAGGGCCCUGUCAGCCCUCUGUGUUUUAAAGGUAGUUGGAGACUGUGAACACUGAGCUCAUUUGCUUCUAGAGAUUCUAUUUUUACUGGUUGAUCUCUUGGUGGUUUUCAACUUCCUGCUGGAAACUAGAGGUGGGGCAUCCCCCAUCCCCAGCCUCGCACUGCGUCCUUGGGAAGGGCCUGCCCCCACCAGGCAGGUAUCACUGGCCCGGGCACCCUUGAGCACCCAGCUCCUGGCCUCCGGGAUGUCUCUGAGCGACCAGGCAGAGCAGAGGGCAGCGCUCGGCCGGUCAUGCUGGCUCCCUCCGCCUCUCAGCAAGCCCCUGGCCCACGCCCAGUGAGGGAUGCUUCUCCCUCCAGUGUGUCCAGUGCCCGGUGUGGCCGGGCGGAGCCCCUGGAGUGGUGCAGUGGGAGGAAAGCUCACCUCGAUUGUGGAACCAUCAGCCCACCUGCAUUUGGCUUUCAGCUUGCUUGUUCUGAGUCAAACUCCCCUUAUCUUUUUAGCAAGGGAAAAAAACAAACACGGGUGUUAUCACUGAUACGUUGUAACCAGCGUUCUGCAUAGAGGUAGGUUGAGUUUUCUAGGGGGAAAAAAAAACGGAGAAAAGAGACAUGAAGAAAAGUAAACCAAGAACAUAAUUGGGCAUCAGCCCGAAGUGUCCCGGGGAGACUCGAGGUGACGGCAGCGUUCUGCAUGACAGAGGCACUGCCGGGCCCCAGGUCUCUGGGGCCGCACUCUCGGGGCGUGUGUGCGCAGAACACCUCCUGUGCAUACCUGCUCAGAGCGCAGCUCCUCAUGGGGGCGAAGGGGCAGACAAGGAAACCAGACCAGACGUGCUCGCAGACGCUGUCGCUUCAGAAAUGUGCUUCCCUCCCUCUGAAAUCUCAUCCCUCCCACCCACCCACUCGGGCAGCUGUGCCAUGAGUAGGACAUGCACGCCCUGGGCGAGCCCCCCAGAGACCCUGCACCUUCCUCACCGCACGCUGCCCCUCUGUCUCCGUGUGUGUCUAGACCCACGUCACUCACUGACUCACUCACACCUACGAAAUCUUAAAGGAAAAAAGCUGAAGGGUCCGACCGUGCACAAGCGUGACCUGGAAAAUGCAAAUGUAGAUCUUUUAUGGCUUAAUUCAUAGUUAUUUCCCAUAGACGUUCCCUCCCUUUGAAAUUAAUAUAUAAUGUAUAAAUUCUGCACUGAGUCGUGACGGAGCUGGGAAGCUCCUAGCUUAGAGUGGAGAUGGAGGCCCGGGUACAGGGUUCAAACCUCCACCUGAUUCCUUCCGAUCUCACAACUUAGCUUGUGCUUCUGAACACCAAGCCUUUAAGAGCAAUAAAAACUACACCAUGAA